AUGUUCUCGAUGGACUCGUUCGACUUCGAGGCGGUGAUGAGCCGGCAUCUGUUUGAAGGGCCGUCGGCACACCAGCACCAGGGUCAGCAGCCACUACAUCAUCUGCAGCAGCACUCGUGUCAGCAGCAGCAUCAUCAGUCGCAGCAUCAGCACCAGCAGCAACAGCAGCAACAGCAUCAGCUGCCUCACCUGGACUCCGAUCAUCACUACAAUUCGCACCAUCACCAUCACCACCAUCAUCAUCACCAUCAGGUUCCGGAGCUUCAGGGAGAUCAGCAGCACCACAACCUACAUCAGGCCAACAAUGUCGACUCCACCACCUCGAAUAGCUCGGACUUCUUUCUGGCGGAUGAUGAAAACACGACCGACAGCGAAUCGUACUGUGGCUUCAACAGUGAUCAGGAGAACACCGAUUCCAUGAAAGAGAUUUAUAGCAACAGAAGUUCGAAGUAUCGCCGACCAAAAUGCGCCUCCCAGCAGGCCCAACAACGCCAGGCGGCCAACUUACGCGAACGGCGCCGUAUGCAGAGCAUCAACGAAGCAUUCGAGGGCCUUCGGACGCACAUUCCAACGCUGCCGUACGAGAAACGGCUCAGCAAGGUGGACACGCUGAAGCUGGCCAUCAGCUACAUCUCGUUCCUGGGCGAGAUGCUGCGCAAGGAUAAGAACGGCAACGAGACCGGCACGACCGGGGUCAAGCGCCAUCCGGUGAAGGAACCGCCGAAGAAGUUCAUCGUUCGUGGUGGUAGCGGGCAGGCGCAUUCGCUUUCCUGGCACCGGAAGGGAGAUCGGAAUGCAAAUGGACGCUACUUUGCGCGCAUUUGGCGGCCGGAGGAUCCUCGCAGCAACCAUCGCAAUAUCGCCGCCGGUCCCUCGACGUACGCCACCAACGGAGCGCUCUGUUAAAGGACGAUAAACCCUGCUAACCAAAGAAAAUUAUCUACCGACACUAGUCUACCAAAUGUGCAACACAACUCUAGUCUUUGCUCU